CCCAACCGGCUUUACCUGUUGCCCAAAAAGGGGGUGUUUGAAAAUAUGUUUGAAAAUAUUUCACCUUCCAGUUUGCCUAGUUAACACCAGGGGAAUCACUAGGCUACUAACCUAUAGGGCACUGCUGUAUGACGCUUCAUAACACAUUAAUUGUAAACCAUUAUCGUCAUACACGAUUGUGUUUCGUACCUGUAUCACGACAUCAUGCCAACAUUUAAGUAACUAAAAUCAGGACAAUUUCGAAUUAUUUUUCAGUUGCUUUUUUUUUUUUUUUGCUGCGGUCGUCACAGGCAAAUUCUGAGCUGGAAUUCGUCAUAUCAAAUUAUCGGCAGUUACUUCUCUUUCGCUUCUUUAUGUCCACAUCUGGGUCCGCAAAUGCUUAAGUCUUACGCAGUUUUAUUGCACAACGCUUCCCGACUCUAGUUGGCUCAAAAAGGGUGUUUUUAGUCGCAUUUGGUGUCGGCGGCCAAUCUUCAGGAAAAAAAAAUCUGGAAAGAGGGAAAAGUUGCUUCGCUUAGUUUAUUAAUAAACUUCAGCUGAAGAUCGGUGGAGGCAUUAUGUGCGGAAGAAUGGACACCCUUUCACUUUAAAAGGACCGGAAUUUCGGCAAUGGGGGGUUGCUGGCGGCGGUGCCAACGGACCUGCCCGUGCUGUCUGACGGAGCAGGAGAGGAAGGACAUCGAAGUGGACCGCGAGAUACAGAGAAUUCUUAAGCAGCAGAAGAAACGAGAGCGGAAGGAAGUUAAAGUUCUUCUCCUGGGCACCGGGGAGAGCGGGAAGACGACGUUCAUAAAGCAGAUGCGGAUCAUCCACGGAGAGGGCUAUUCCGAGGAGAACCGCCGGGCCUUCGCCAAGCUGGUCUUCCAGAACAUCUUCACCGCCACCAAGGCCCUGACCAACGCCAUGACCACCCUCAGCAUCCCCUACUCCAGCCCAGACAACCAGCUGUACGCGCAGUGGAUCCAGGACGUGGAGACGCGGCAGGUCACCACACUGGAAGCCCGACACACCGACGCCAUCCGCCGCCUCUGGGCUGACCCGGGUAUCAGGACCUGCUACGGCCGCCGUCGAGAGUUUCAGCUUCUGGACUCCACCGAAUACUACAUGAACAAUCUUGACCGCAUAGCGGCCCCAGGCUACAUCCCCACUAUGCAGGACGUGCUGAGGGUUCGAGUUCCAACCACAGGCAUCAUUGACUACUCCUUCACUGUCGAGAAAAUCUCGCUCAGAAUUGUGGAUGUCGGGGGUCAGAGGUCAGAGCGCAGGAAGUGGAUCCACUGUUUUGAGAAUGUGACCUCCCUCAUCUUCCUGGCCUCCCUCAGCGAGUAUGACCAGGUCUUAGAAGAAAAGGAGACUGACAACCGCAUGGAGGAGAGCAAGGCUCUGUUCUACACCACCGUCCACUCCCCCUGGUUCGUCCGUUCCUCCAUCAUCCUCUUCCUCAACAAGAUGGACAUCCUGGCUGACAAGAUCCAGACGUCCGACCUGAAGACCUACUACCCCGGCUUCCCAGGAAGGAAACGCGACGCUGAGGAUGCCAUGGAUUUCAUUUCGGCCAUGUACCUGGAGCUGGCCCAGGACAGAGUGAGCCAUGAGAACGUGAAGAAGCCGGUGUACUCGCACUUCACCUGCGCCACCGACACUCAGAACAUUGAGCGGGUCUUCACCGACGUCAAGAACACCGUCCUCCUGGAGGCCCUGAGCCAGUUCAACCUGUAUUGACCGCCCCCCCCCCCCCUCCAAAACCUCUAAGCUCAACACUGGGUGGGGGGGUUAGGGGGGGAGUUGUUUUUAAUGCGAGUGGACACUGUGGUGCUCGUGUCCUCCAUUCCGCCCCCCCCCCCGAGAGUGACGGGCGUUCUCCUUGGAUUUGGGAGGAGCCCGUUUGAGAUGCAGCCCAGAGUGCAGGACCUUAAAUGACUGGGAGCGACGUGACCCUGUGUGGAGGGCAAAGGGCAAAGGUUACACUGUAAUGUCAGUGUUUUUUUUGUUUUUGUCUUUUUUUUUUCUUCUCCCCGCCCCCCCACCCCCACCCUCACCCUCACCCACUGGGAACUCGCAGUACAGUAAAUGACACUGAGAGUGCUGCGAGGACAAUGUCACUGUUGGGUGGGGCUCUCCAUUUUCUGUGCAGGAUAUCAUUAGCCUGAGAAGAACAAAACACGACCUUGUCCUCUAUCCAAUCA